UCUGUGGUGCCCCGGAGGGGACAAAUUGGGUUUCCAUUCCUAGCUGUUGGCUGUGCUACAGCAUCCAGGAGGGGUCGCACCCAGAGGCUCGCUUGGCACAUCUACAGCUCCCCAGAGGGGUCAGAUCAGGGGCUUCUCUCCCUGCCUAUUGACCAAACUCAGGCUCCCCAGAGGAGCAUUCCCAGGAGGCCUCUGUCCCUCCAACCCCUGUACGGCACCCCGGAGGGCUCAACCCAGCCCAGCCCUCCAGCAGCAGUAGGCUUUUGGGCCCAAAUAGAUUGACCCCACCAGGGCACCGUAGGCCGAGCCCCAGGGCAGCAGAAAGUGGCAAGAUGGAGGCAGGCGUGAAGGAGUUCCUGGCCAAAGCCAAAGAAGAUUUCCUCAAGAAAUGGGAGAGCCCCUCACAGAACACAGCCAGUCUGGACCAGUUUGAUCGCAUCAAGACGCUGGGCACAGGCUCCUUCGGGCGUGUGAUGCUGGUGAAGCACAAGGAGACAGGCAACCACUAUGCCAUGAAGAUCCUGGAUAAGCAGAAGGUGGUGAAGCUGAAGCAGAUUGAGCACACCCUCAAUGAGAAGCGUAUCCUCCAGGCUGUCAACUUCCCCUUCCUCGUCAAGCUCGAGUACUCCUUCAAGGACAACUCCAACCUGUACAUGGUGAUGGAAUAUAUCCCGGGCGGGGAGAUGUUCUCCCAUCUACGGCGAAUCGGGAGGUUCAGCGAGCCUCAUGCCCGGUUCUACGCGGCCCAGAUCGUGCUGACCUUCGAGUACCUGCACUCACUUGACCUCAUCUACCGUGACCUCAAGCCCGAGAACCUGCUCAUCGAUCAGCAGGGCUACAUUGAGGUGACAGAUUUCGGCUUUGCCAAGAGGGUGAAGGGGCGCACCUGGACGCUGUGUGGGACCCCUGAGUACCUGGCACCCGAGAUCAUCCUGAGCAAGGGGUAUAACAAGGCUGUGGACUGGUGGGCCCUGGGUGUCCUUAUCUACGAGAUGGCGGCUGGCUACCCCCCCUUCUUCGCGGACCAGCCCAUCCAGAUCUAUGAGAAAAUCGUCUCCGGGAAGGUGCGGUUCCCGUCGCACUUCAGCUCGGACCUCAAGGACCUGCUGCGCAACCUGCUCCAGGUCGACCUCACCAAGCGCUUCGGAAACCUCAAGAAUGGCGUCGCGGACAUCAAGAACCAUAAGUGGUUUGGUACCACUGACUGGAUUGCUGUCUACCAGCGCAAGGUGGAAGCCCCCUUCAUACCAAAGUGCAAAGGCCCCGGCGACACAAGCAACUUCGAUGACUAUGAGGAGGAGGAGAUCCGUGUCUCACUCACCGAGAAGUGCGCCAAGGAGUUUGCCGAGUUCUAGGCUGGGCCGGGGGCUAUGCAGGGGGUGGGGCGGGGUGUAAUGGUGGGCGCAUCCACCCACAUCUGGGUAAUUGGGGCAGGGGGCAAGACGGGGAGCCCCAUCACCUGCCCCCCUGGCACUGCCCAUCCCUGCCACCCCAGCUUUCUCACUAGCUUUAAUUUGGGGGGCUGGAGGACACUUCUAUGGCCAUCCGUUUGUUACCCAUCACCCCCUUGGGGGGGAUCAGACCCCCUAGGGGGCAAUUAGACCCUAUCCCUGGGAGGGGGUCAGAGCUCCUUGUCCCCCUGGAGGACAGUUAGGUCCCUCUCCCUGUUCCCCCUUCCCACCCUUCCUGGGGUGGAUCAGACCCCUCUGCCCCUGGUUUUAUAAUUGCCUUUUUUGUGGCAUCCAGUUCCCCUUUUUAAUGACAGAACAUGAGAAAUCGGCUCUUUCCAGGGAGGAAAUAAAAAGUACCCAGUU